AUGGAGGAAUUCGACUCUGAAGACUUCUCCACCUCGGAGGAGGACGAAGACUACCUGCCAUCUGGUGGAGAGUAUAGUGAAGAUGAUGUAAAUGAAUUAGUGAAGGAAGAUGAAGUGGAUGGUGAAGAGCAGACACAGAGAACCAAAGGGAGAAAAAGAAAGGCUCAGAGCAUUCUGUCCAGGAAGACAAAACAAGGUGGCCUCUCAUUAGAAAAGGACGGGGAGGAUGCCAGGGAAUCUGGAGGAAGUAGUAGUGAGGAGGAGGAUGCAGCUGCAGAGCAAGAAAAAGGCGUUGAGUCAGAGGAUGCAAGGAAAAAGAAGGAAGAUGAACUAUAGGCCAGCUUCCUCAAUGACAUAGGACUAAAAUCAAAAGUGCCUCCGUGUACACAAGUUAAAAGAGGAAAGGAGGCUGAAGAGACAAGUUCAAGUAAAUUGUUGGUCAAAGCAGAAGCGCUAGAGAAACCUAAAGAAACAGAAAAAGUUAAAAUCACCAAGGUGUUUGAUUUUGCUGGUGAAGAAGUCAGGGUGACUAAGGAAGUGGAUGCUACAUCUAAAGAAGCCAAAUCCUGCUUCAAGCAAAAUGAGAAAGAAAAACCCCAGGCUAAUGUCCCUUCAGCUCUACUGUCACUUCCUGCUGGGUCAGGGUUAAAAAGAUCAAGGGGCAUGAGCAGACUUUUGGGGAAAAUAGGAGCCAAGAAGCAGAAGAUGAGCACCCUAGAGAAGUCCGAGCUGGACUGGGAGAGCUUCAAGGAGGAAGAGGGCAUUGGCGAAGAGCUAGCCAUCCACAAUCGAGGGAAGGAGGGGUACAUUGAACGGAAAGCUUUUCUAGACCGAGUGGAUCACAGGCAGUUUGAAAUCGAGUGAGAUCUCAGGCCGAGCAAAAUGAAACCCUGAUGUGAUGAGGAACCUACAGCAGCUUAGUCCUGUUUACAACGUGAGCUUUUUGUGUGUCUAUGAAAUGUUUCCCGUGUUUCCCAUUGACUGU